AUGUCGAUUAAACCUUUUUCUAUUGAAGUUAAAGACAAAACAAAAGAAAAAUCGCAUCAUUUCGCGCUGUACAAGGAAUUUGAGAAGAUAAAUUUGAAACAGAUUGAAAAAGAUUCGAAUAAUGGGACACAAUUUACCCGACUUGCCAGAAUGAAGAAGCAGUUUCUGAAUUUAAUAAACACAAAAGUUUUACACAAAGAUAACUUGAAUUUUAAAGACAAUUUCAAGAACCAGCUCUUAGCGUUUCAAGGUGCCACAAGGUUACUGAUUAUAGCUGGUCAAUGUAUCGGAUUAAACCCAUUUUUGGGUGUACUAGAAAAUGAUGUUUCGAAAAUACGAUUUAGUGCGAUUUCAUUUAGACAUUUUUAUAGUUUGUUAAUAUGUACAAUUCAAAUUAUUGGAUCAGUAUUCAGCUUUGUCAACUUAACAAAAAAUGGCGUGUCUGUUACAAAUUUAGCGUAUUUCAACUUCUAUUGCACAACUUGCGUUACUAGCAUUCUCUUCUUAAUACUUGCAAGGCGAUGGCAAAUGCUAAAUAAGGAAGUAUCGCUAUCUCGCUUAGAUGAAUAUACUGACCCAUAUAUCCGUCUCAAAUGCGUCACCGCAGUUGUAAUUAUACUAAGCCUGGGAUUGGCGGAACACAUACUCUCGGCUAUCUCAAACUUCACACUUUUAAUGCAUUGUAAAGACAAUAUUGACAAUUUAUUAAGAGAUUACGUUAAAGAUCAUUUUCCUUGGAUGUUUGAAUUGAAUAGAACAGAAUACAAUGUGGUGCUUGGAAUAUUUUUUAUGUUCAUAAACGUAGUGAAUGCCAUGAAUUGGAACUAUUCCCAUGUAUUCAUCAUUUGUAUAAGUCUGUAUUUGACGUCUCUAAUAGAACAGGUGAACAAGAAAUUAAUAUCAGCUGAAGGUCAGUACCUCCCAUCAUCAUUUUGGAAGGCUCUCAGGGAAGAUUACAAUAGAGCCACGCGCCUGGUUAAAACUUUCGAUGAUUAUAUAAACAGCCUCAUACUUGUGGGAGCCACGCGCCUGGUUAAAACUUUCGAUGAUUAUAUAAACAGCCUCAUACUUGUGGGGUUUGCUAGUAACCUAUUUUUCGUCUGCUUGCGUAUUUAUUACGUUUUAGCUUUCAGACCGUUCAACGGCUAUGAGCACGUGGUGUAUUUCGCAUUUUCCCUCGCGUUCGUGCUGUCUCGCUCGCUCGCUGUAUCGCUGAUCGCUUCGAAGGUUCAUGUCGCGUCAUUGGAGGCCGCACCAACGUUAUAUAGUGUGCCAUCAUCCGUUUAUUGUAUUGAGGUACAGAGAUUCAUCGAGCAAGUCCACGGGGAUACUGUAGCACUCACUGGAAUGAAUUUUUUCUACGUCACACGACAGCUGGUGCUCUCUGUAGCGGGAACAAUAAUUACGUAUGAGCUAGUGAUGUUGCAAUUUAAUAUUGACAGCCCCGGUACAGAUGGCGUUGAUAAUUAAUUUG